AUGAAAUUUCAACGGCGUAUUCCGUUUACUUCUCAUUCACCAACAACGUACUAUAUUGAAAUGGAAGAAUAUACUGGCACAACACCAUCAUUACAAUCAGCAUCGAUAGCCGAUGGUUCAAUAAGUGAUUUAUCUGAAAUCGGUAGUUUAUACAAUUUUGCUGGCAUUAUUCGACAACGAUCCGAUUCAUUAACAAAUUUAUUUAAUUUAUCUGAAGAUAGUGCAUCUGUUUCAAAUUUGAGUGUUGCUUCCUAUUCACUAUCACAACAUUCAUGUGAUUAUGGUUCAACAACAGCAACAACAACAAUUCCAAGUUCAUCUGCAAAUAGUGGUGGAUUAGAUUCAAAUAAAAUUUCUCGUAAACCAUUUAGUUCAUCAUAUAAAAAUUUAUAUGAUAAACCAUCAUCAACAACUUCAUCACGUUUUAGUGAUUGUUCAUCUCGUCAUAAUAAUAAUUUUACUAGUCAUUAUCAAACAACGAAUAUUCAAUCGAAUGGUAGUACAAAUAAUUAUUUUUGUAAUACAAGUCUAUCAGGUUCAUCAUCGAGUGGAUCAAAUAUAAAUGAAUAUCGAAAAAGUUUUCCAUCAAAAACAGCUGAUUCUGUUUUAAAUACAAUUGGACUUGGAGGUAUAAAUACAACGACGAGUAGUGGUGGUGGUGAUAUUGAUGCAACAGAUAAAUGUGGACUUAUAUCAUGUGCCGAUUAUGCUGAUAAUGAAUUAGAUGAUUGUGAUGAUUUUAUUGAAAAUGGUGUAAAUAAUGUAGAUGAUUUAUCAUCGAUUAAUGAUGGUGGUGGUGCACAUUCUUAUUAUGUUGAUAGUUCAGAUGAAAAUGAACAAAUACAGAAUAUAUCAAAUGUCAGACAUAACAGUGGAACUAGUGCAAAUACUACUACAGGAAAUAAUAGUGCAACAACAUCGACAAAAUCAUUACAAAAAAAAUCAAAUGGAAAAUUACGAAAAGCCAUGAUGAACAAUGUUGUAGACAGAUUAAUUAAUUCUGGAAAAGGUGUCAAAUGUUAA